CAGUUUGAGGUUAUGUUGAUAAACGUGUGUUUCAGUAGAAAACAAUUUGUCCAAAAACAUGUUAAACUUAUCUUAACUUGCCAUUCCUUUAUUUGAAUUGCGAUAUAUUACGUGAAACAAUGUCGCGAUUAAUUAUAAAGAACCUUCCAAAUUCAAUUACAGCUGAAAAGCUGAAGGAGCGUUUUGCUACCAAAGGUGUGGUCACGGAUAUACAACUUAAAUAUACUUCUGAUGGGAAAUUUCGACAUUUUGGAUUUAUUGGUUUCCAAACGAAAGAAGAGGCGGAUAGAGCUGUAGACUAUUUUAAUAGCACUUAUAUAAACCAAUCAAAAAUAACAGUUGAACACUGUGCGGAUCUUGGAGACGCAGCCAAACCAAAGGCUUGGAGCAAGUAUGCCCCUGAUAGUUCUGCGUAUAAAAAACUUCAUUCUACCGAAGAAAAACCAAAAGCCAAAGAGGAAGCACAGCCUGGUUCUAAGAAAAAAGAAAAAAAAGACAAGUUAAACUUAAAUCCUGAAGUCAUUGAAAAGUUAAAAAAGCACAAAGAUGAUCCAAUGUUUUUGGAGUUUUUGGAAACUCACGCGAAAGAAGACGCUUUGAAAGUCAUCGCUGAGGAUAGGGAUUCUGGUGUUGAAGAAGAAGAUAACAAUGAAGAAUGUGAUAAAGCUACUGAAGAAGUAGAGGAGAAGAAAUCUUCUGCUUUUGCCAAUAUUUCUGAUCUUGAGUACCUGAAAUUAAAGAAAAAAUCAAGUGGGAAACCAAUAGAUGCGGUAGAAACAGAAAAUGAAACAAAGUCAGAAAUCAAAGCCAUUGAAGAGGAUAAGACCCUAUUUACAGUUAAAAUAAUCAAUUUGGCUUUCACAACAAAGAAAAAAGAGGUGAAGGAUUUUUUUCGACCCUUGAAACCAGUUGGGAUAAGAAUCCCAAGGAACGCCUCUGGAUUCGCCUACGUUUCUUUUAAAACCUCUAAGGAGAUGAAAAAGGCUCUCAAUAAGAACAAAAGCUUCUUAAAGGGAAAACAAGUUGGUGUGAAGAUUUACACAAGCCAAGGAGAGAAGGAGGCAAAUCAGUCUCAAGUAGGAAAUGAAAAACAAAAAAGAUGGAGAGAGCAAGAAGAAGCUUUGAUGCAAGAAGAGAGCAUUGCAGAAUCAGGCAGCAUCUUUGUGAGGAAUCUAGCCUACACGAUCACGGAGGAAAAUCUUACUGAGCUCUUCUCUCCCUACGGACCCCUGGCUGAUGUCACGUUACCUGUGGACAAAACAAGUCGUCAAGUGAAGGGAUUUGCGACAGUGACGUAUGUUAUGCCCGAACAUGCCGUUGCAGCCUACUCGGCUCUCGACGGAACUGUUUUCCUUGGGAGGAUGCUUCAUCUUCUUCCGGCCAAGACCAAGAAAACGGAGGAAGAUGAUGGUGAGAACAAGAGCUUCAAAGAAAAGAAAAGAGACAAAGAGAAAGCCACCGCAGGCCAGUCUCACAAUUGGAAUAGUUUGUUCUUGGGUCAAAACGCCAUUUUGAACGUGAUGGCGGAGAAAUACAAUACUUCCAAACAAAGUGUCCUAACAGGAGCAGACGUGGCUGUGAGAGUUGCCCUGGGAGAAACUCAAAUAGUCUCGGAAACGCGACAGUUCCUGUUGGACAACGGGGUGUCACUGGACGCAUUCAACCAGGCCCCAAAGCUGCGAUCGAAAACGGUUAUCCUCGUUAAAAAUCUACCUGCCAAAACUACAGCUGCGGAAAUCAACGAGUUGUUCUGCAAAUUCGGGGAGUUAGGAAGGGUGGUUUUACCCCCCAUUGGUGUAACAGCAAUCGUCGAGUUCCUUGAAGCGUCGGAAGCCAAGAAGGCAUUCCUCGCCCUAGCCUACACCAGGUUCAAAAACCUUCCUCUGUACCUGGAAUGGGCUCCUGACGACACCUUCUCUCAAGUUACUGCGAAAAAAGAGAAAGCCGAAGACGAAAGUGAAAUCAAGGAUGAAGUGGAAGAUGGAACAAAGCAGGAAAGUGAAAGUGAUGAAGAUGAAAAUGUGGAACCUGAACCAGACACUACAUUAUAUGUUAAAAACCUUAACUUUGACACACAAGAAGAGAGCAUUAAACAGCAUUUCCGCAAGUGUGGCAAGGUAGCCAGUGUGACGAUCGCACGCAAGAAAGACCCUGCAAGGCCGGGGGAGGUGCUCAGCAUGGGAUACGGCUUUGUGCAGUUCUACAAACAAGCAGAACUGAACCAAGCACUCAAACAACUACAACACUCGACACUCGAUGGACAUCAGCUGGAACUUAAGCGCUCGAACAGGACUCUACAAGACAAUAAAAAUCAACCGAGAAAGAAGAACAAUGUUGAGAAACAAACCGGUACCAAAAUCUUGGUACGAAACAUCCCGUUCCAAGCAACCCAAAAAGAAGUCCAACAGCUUUUUGUGACUUUUGGAGAGAUCAAAUCGUUGAGGCUGCCGAAAAAGAUGGUGGGAACUGGGUCUCAUAGAGGAUUCGCCUUUGUGGAGUUCCACACCAAACAUGACGCAAAAAGGGCCAUGCAAGCGUUGUGUCAGAGCACUCAUUUCUUCGGCCGCAGACUCGUCCUGGAGUGGGCGCAGGAGGACGAGGAUGUUGAGCAGCUUAGGAAGCGGACUGCUGCGUCGUUCAAACAAGCUUCAGAGCCAACGAGUAAAAAAGCUCGAGCCGACCUGGAAAUAGAAGAUGAAGAAGAAGAUGAAUAAACAAUUUGUGGCUUACAAUAUUCAUGAGUCAGAUACGUCCAGAAUAAUAUGACAAAAUGGUUCGUUUUCCCAGCAAAAUGUUGAACGAUUAGUUCAAAAAGUCAUUAUGGUUUUAUGCUUUCAACAAGCAUCCUAUCAAAUGUAACAUUUUCAUCCAAAAACAUAAUUUUUAAGUCAGCAUUUAUUUAUGUAAACAUAGUUUUUUUGCUUAGAAAUUGUAUUGUGCUAAGGUAUUUUUAUGCAGAAAUAGAGCUCAACUUAUUAGAGAAAAAAAUAUAUAUUAGAGUCCUGAGGAUAAUAGCUACACAAUAAAUAGUCACAAAAUGAAAAUAUAACACUGAUAUUUCGUCAUAUUAUUUCGUUCACAAAAUUUUGGCAGUUUUUAAAAGUUUCAUGGGUUCCUCCACCAGUUUUUUGGGUUAAUGUAUUAACGGCUAUUAUUUCAAAGUUAGGGUGAGGUGAAGGUGAUGAAAUAGCUUCUCCUCAAACCUGCUAAAUUUUGUGAACAGAGUAUAUUAUAGGACUUCUUCUUAGAGUUGGUCAAAGUAAAAUUAUAUUGUGUUGAAUUGCUUUGAAAUUAAAUGAAAACCUACUCAAAUAAAUUUAAUGUAACUUAAAACAUUUUUUCAAAAAUCUAAAAACACCGCAUGUGUCUAGAAACCAUAACUUAAAAUGUUUAUUUUGCAAAUAUUUCCUAAAGAUUUUAUAACUGUACAAGACAUUUUUUUAUCUUUCAUGAUGUUUGUCGGGCCAUUUACUAUGAUUGUCAAUUGUUAAGGUACCCGUCAUUUGUACAUUGUCUUACUUGUAAAUACUGUAUAAUUAUAUACAACUAUUACAAAAUUUCUAUAGGUA